UUGGAUACCGUGAGCAGAGCAGACGUUCAAUUGCAGCAAAUCUAUGUCCACUUCGCUGGAUUCUGGCCUGUUUUAAGGCUGAAGGGGUCUUCAGUUUAACAACAAACAUUAUGAAUAUAAAGGAAGCACCAGCCGACGCCAUGACAAAAGAACAAAGUGAUGAAUUUGGGCAUCGAUUCAACGAGCUACGUAAAAACAAACACCUGGUGGAUUGUUCCUUCAGAGUAGGUGACAUGAUCUUCCAUUGCCACAAGUUGAUUUUAGCAGCGGCUAGUCCUGUUUUCGAAACAAUGUUCUACGGCUCGCUAGCAGAGAAACAAACAGUAAGAAUAGAGGACAUAAAGCCGAGUGUAUUUGAACGGUUGAUGGACUACAUCUACGCGGGAAUAAUAGACUUCGAAGAGUUUCAAAAUAUCGAGGAGCUGCUAGAACUGUACUACUGCGCCGAGAAGUACAUGAUCGAUAGUUUGCACCAACAAUGUGUAAGCUACUUCGCCCAGAAUAUUACACCUCACAACGUUUUGAAAAUACUCGAUAUUGCGUAUCGAAUGAAUCUCGAUGAUAUUAUCUAUUCGUGUAUGUGCGUACUAAAACAUUUCCUCAAUUCUGGUAUGAGCUUAAGCAACAUCAUUCUAGAAAGCAACCAUCAUCUUUCAAAAAGCUGCGUCGAUCUCAUAUUGGAAGAUAACUAUGAAGUAAGGGAUAACAUUAUUUGUAUGAUUCGAGCUUGGUGCAUAACAGAAUGCGAGCAGAACCGUCUCAAAGUGAGUAGAGACAGCAUCAAGACUGUACUGCAGGGCAUCAUGCUCCCCGAUUCGUUGAAAGAUACAAUAGUAAGCUGCAACUAUACAAAUUUUACUCCUAUAACGGGCGACAAGUUUGGGUGGAUUCCAGUGCAACGAAUACAUUAUAAAGCUGUCCGUCCGUUGAUUAUUGGUGAUGAAAUGAACUUCGAGGCCAAUAUAAGCACCAAUCGGUUUAUUGUGAUAAAAUCUUUAAAUAUCAAUAGUCGAAUGCUGCCGCAACUAAACGUUACUGAUGUACGCCAGGACACGUACACGGAACAGCUGACGGUCGAAAUAUCCACCAAAUGUAACAAGACGCGACAGAAAAUAUAUCAAAAAGAUCAUCGCAUCUGUGAUGUUGCAUUCAAUGGUACCCUGCUGGUGAGCUUGGACGAACAAAUAGUCCUCUUUCCUGAUAUUGUGUACAUUGUCCGGCUCAAAUGGGGUGCCGACAGUUUAGGAUACGAAUAUCCACGCAGUAUAUUAUCUCCGUACGGGAAAAAUAAGCAACUAUUGAUAAACUUCGGUGAAAACAUUUAUCUGCAGAACUGGGGUAGCAUAUUAAAUGGGAUUGUGUGCGAUCUGUACAAAUGAAUAUCUGUAUCUUGGAGCUGUGUUUAAACUCGAAUACGAAUAGGUGUUAACAAGCGACUAGGGGCAGAGCAAACAAACAGAAAUAAACGAAUUCGCUGAUGUUGUCAACUUAUUUGCUCUACAAUGUCACUUAUCAGAAAUGU